CAGGUUUUGAAAAUAAAGGCGAUUCAUAAACUCUAAUUUACAAAAAAUUAUAUGUUAACUGGACUAUUACAAACCUGUCCGUUCCGUAUCGAAAACAUCAUGACUCCAAAACAGGCAGGCACCAGGCAGUGACAGGUGACGUUCUUAGUUGUUGAAAUACAUCAAUAUUAAAAUCACAAAUAUUUUGCAUUUUCAGUUAAUUUUCUCAAAUAAAUUUCCAUAUUUUAAGGUGAUUUAACUUUGCGCUUGCGGUUCAUUCGUAAUAUGAGUUUACAGUUUUAAAUAGUGUUCAGAAAAUUUGAGAAAACUCUGUUUCCAAGUGUAUUAACCAUGGAGGAGCUGCCAGUGGAAAUUAUUGAGAAAAUCUUGAUUAGCCCCAAAAUAUCAGUGGAAGAUAUGAUCCACUUUUCCUUAACAUGCCAUCACUUCCAAAAUAUUGUCAUGAACAGCAACAAGAUUUGGAAAACAAAGCUGUUUCAGAAGUGGCCAUCAUUAAAAAGUGUACUAGAGCAUAAACAUAUUGUGUUUCAACAUGAGGUCCGGUACAUUUAUGAGCUAAAAAAGAGAACAAGGCAAAUGCUAGAAAAAAUGCCUCCAAAGUUCUAUAAAAAAUAUGAGAUAUCUGAUUCUGAUUUACAUGAAUGGAAUGCAAUUUUACAUGAAAGGGAGGAGGUUUACAAUUAUCUCGUUUUGGAUUUGAUGGAAAUCGUCAAUACAGAUGAGCCUAUCAAUAGUGUUGAGGUAGUACCAUUAAAUACCCCAGGUAACAAAACUCUUCAAUAUUAUGCAAGCAAAGUUCUAAGAUUUAUCAGACAGCUACACCUAUCUAAAGUGUGGAAAAAUUACAUAUCCUUACCACCUCAGAGACAGAUUUUAGAAGUAGGUGCUGUUUUUGUGGCUCAGUGGUGUCAGCCUAAUGUAGAAGUAACAGUGGAGGAUAUUACAGCAAAAUUGGAUAAGAUUGCAGAAGAGGUGAAAGAAGUGUUGAAAAUCCAGCAUCCCAACCAUUCACUUUUCAAGGCCACACAAGAGGAUCUGAAUAAGUGGCGGAUUGAAAAUAGGACAGAGAAUCAGUGGAAUGUUGCAGAAUGUCGCCAGUUGAUUUCGGUCAUGCGUGAAGUACUGUUCCAACAGAUGGGUUUCAUAGGCAACAACCAUACAUACUACAUGCCGCAAAAUUCUUUCAUCAAUUGGGUGCUGGAAAAAAGACAAGGUCUACCGAUAACUUUGGCUAUAGUAUUUGAGGCAGUGGCGAGGCGAUUGGGGCUGCGUUGUGAGCCAAUCAGUUUUCCUGCCCACUUUCUGUUGAGAUUCUGUGAAAGUCAAGAUCCGGAUUCUGAUUGGUACUAUAUUGACGUCUUCAAUGGGGGGCAGGUGGUACGAAAAGGCGCUUGCCCCCACAGUCACUUCAGCGGCUCCCGUGACUUGUUCCCCGCUGCCACCGCAGUGCAGGUGGUCGAGCGCAUGGCCAAUAACCUGGAGGUAUCCGCUAGGCAGCACGCAGCGCCUAACGGAAGGAUAGCCAGGUUAAGGAGCAGCCUGGAACUCCUCAAACUGGUCAAUCCUAGGGACAUCUCGGCGUUGGUCAGUUUAGCCAGGUUGUAUAUGCUGCACAAUAUGGACACCAAGCCGCUGGAGCAUUUCCUGCUGUCGCAGGAGUUUGAAGUACCUGAACAGGCGCAAAGGGUGGUGCAUAUGCUCCGCGACUACGAAGCGCAUCAUGCGCGUACGGACCCGCCACUGUUCGGCCCCGUCGAGGCCGCUCAGCGCAGUCACAAUCUGCUGUACGCAGUAGGCAUGGUGAUGAAACAUCUGACGCUCAACUACCAUUGCGUCAUCUACGACUGGGAUCCAGUGUGCUUGGCCGCUGCUGAAUGGCAGGCGCAGAACAACGUCGACAAGUUGCAGCUGAAGCACGAGCAGCCGUUCUACAAUGUCCUGGUGGAAGAUGGGUCGCACAGAUACGUCGCGCAAGAAAACCUGAGGCCUACCUCCGACCGCGGCGCAAUUUACCUGAACGACGACGUCGGUCGUCAUUUCUCGCAUUUCUUCGAAACGCACUACGUUCCGAACGCAGAAAAAGAAAAAGAGUACCCGGCUGACAGGAAAGUUCGACACUUGUACCACCAACGCAAGAAGCUAGAAAGCUAUCAACUGUAAGCGUGUGCGACUGGUCGCAUGCGACUUGUUGCGGUGCAACGAUCUGUUAUCCCCCCUUGAUCUAAAUGGUGUAAGGUUGGUGUUUAUCCUGUUUCAGAAUGUCUUUGGCUGCCAAGUUAUUCGAUGAUAGUAUAAAGCGAGACUGCCCGAACUGGUUACAGUGGUUGCGUUUAUCAGAACAUAGCGCGUCUGCUGAAAUACCGGAUAAAGUAGUCGCUGGGUGCACGAUGAUAGCGCUACCUAGAGGAUGUCGCAGAUAUAUUUGUUCCUGACUUGAAUGAAAAUGACAGACAUUUAGUUGAUUUGACAAUUCUCUUUUGAUCUGACAAAUGUGGUGUGAAAGUUUUGCUCCUUUGCCAGGCUUCAGGCAAUUAACUAGGAGGUUCAGCAACAGGUGGACAAAGCAGCGUUCACAGGUGAAUUCGAUAGCGAUCGUGCUAGUUACGCUAUAAGCACAGAUUGAUCAGGAUAUCUAGAAUUUCAGAAAAAAAUGUAUAGGUCAUUUUACAACACAAAUAUAUUCUUGAGGUAAAUGAAAAGGAACUUAUUGAGAGAUACAAACAAAUUUGCUGGUUAACGUUUGUGCAAAACUUAAUAAAAUCCAUUGAAUGAAUCCGAAUUUUUUGUUUUGUUUUUUAUAAUGUAGGAACAUGUCUAAGGUUUUGUCCUAGACAGUCUUGAAAUCCAAAUCCGAUAGGUCACGUCCCCUAAUCUUACGCUGAGUAAACUGAUUUCUGGCGUUUGUCAUGAAUCUUACAGGCUUUAUGUUGGGAAUGUCUUCGUGGAUGUUGGUUUUCAAAUCACAUAAACAAGGGGUUUCAAAAAACUCCAUAGAAAACAAUUACAAGCGGCCAAAUCGGGAGAGCUGGCUGGCCACUCUAAAUCGCCCCUAAUUUCAUUUCAUUGCUUUAUUGGUGCUUAAUACACGUGCUUACACAGUUCGAAAUAAAAUUUAAAAUGCAAAAGUGUAAAUUGACAAAGCAAUAACAUUUGUCCGAAAGAACAACAUUAACAGAAAAACUGUAAAAAGAUAUGAAUUUAAAAUAAAUACAAAACUAUAGAACAAGCACAUCCGAACAAAUUAACAAACAGAGUAAAGCUGAACAAACACACUACAUCGCCAUUAGAAGAGAUCCGAUAAUUCAGAUGAGACGGUCUGGGAGGUGUUCUCUUAAAAUAGACAUGGAUGCUCCUGAAGUGCGUGCCGUUGCACGAUCUUUUUGGAACGAAAUGUUCUCUAAGUGCCAAUCUAUCUAGCUGACGAAAAAAAUUACUGCAACACCGGUCCGAAUUCACUGUCACUGAGACUUCAUUUUUCUCAACGAACCAGGGACGCAUAAUUCCAGCUGAGGUAAUUGCACACCACACUGACUUUAGGUGAAUGCAAAGCACUUUGAUGCAAUUCUUGAGGAUUGGUGUCAGCCCAAGUACCGCAUCUUUUGUAUGUUGACAAAAAAUAGCAUCCUUAAUAACGACUUCUUGUGAAAAUUUAUAAAUGUCACUAACUUUUUUUGAGCAGCCUAGCAACAUAACCCUCUAGAGCAAAUUGGGUAUAUGAUGUCUCAUUUUAAUGACCUUUUCAUACUCUAUAACUCGUCACAGUCUUAGAUCAAUACUUCAUAGUUUUUUUGAAUAUUUGUGAGAAAUGGUUUUCCAACUUUGACGAUUAAUAAAGAUGGCCAACAAAAUUUUUGUAUCUCAAGGCUGAAGAUUCUUUCGCUCACAUUUUUUUAUAACAGGGUCCAUACUUGGCAAGUUAGUCUGAUCUACAGGUAUGUUGGUGAAUACUUGAAAACGUGUAGAAUAACUUGUAGAAAGUAUUGUAACACCUUCCUGACAGCUUGUGAUGUGUUUUGACGUUCAUAAAAUGAGUUUGUGAAUGCAUGUACUUGCGACAUAUGUUCCUAGAUUCUUCGUAUCAUUGAACGUUCCAUCUCAAACUCACAUUCGUCUUUAGAGAUGAGACACAAAGGUGGCAGCGAUAUUUUCGCAUUUUUCCUCCCUGAGUAUUAUUCGGAUAGCAAGACUGUUAUCAGUGUGUUUUCUACUGUUCCAUGUCAGCUCUCUUUUUUGAGGUUAUGUUACAAAUAUCUAUUUGCAUCAAAUUUUUCGUGCUUUUGAUCUGUUAUAUAGCCUGAAAUUUCCAAAUAUUCAAAAAGAAAACAUAGCCUCACAAUAGGAAAGCGCUGACGCUGACACGAAACAAUAGAAGUCUAGAAAUAUCCUAGCCUUUCUGAAGGAUAGAAAAGACUAUGAAAAUUAAGGCAUAAAGACAUAAAGGCAUCCUACAAUUUAUUGUAUGAACGACUGACGAUACGGCCCUUAGACUUUUGAGUAUCACGCGCGUUGUGUUGUGAUUACAUCUUCUCGGUCUUGGCAUUGAGGUCAAUUUCAGUCGUCACUGGAGACUGACACUAUGUUCUGAUGAACGCGUCCAAAGUGACGUUACGUAACUAUUUCCUGAUCUACUUUAAAUGGUGUUUGGUUUCUUUCUUUUUGUAAUGUUACAUUACAAUGAGUGUCUAAUGCGAUUCGCACAGUACAAUUGCCGCUUUUAGCGCUGGUGUCGCGCUUUGAUGUGGGGGAAAUAGCAACUGACCAACUGAUGAAUGUGACUAUAGUCAACGCCAAACAAAGUGGCGUGCACGUCAUCAAGGUGGGUGUGUUGAAAAAUUUACAUUGUUGCCAAACUUUUUGUAAAAUAAUAAAAUUUAUUAUUUACAUAUCUAGGUUUAUAAGCAAUAUUAACCUCAAAUGAGAACAAAAAUAAUAGUAUAAUAAAAUUAUAGAUCUGUACUUGCAUAAUCAUUAAGUAUGACAAUUAUUGAUCAGAUGACACUAUGAAAC